UGUGGCAGAAAAAGCAGUGGCCCAACUGGCAUAGUAGUAUUUCUGGAAUUGGGGACAAGAUUGCACCCAAUCAUCAUCACUCUGCCCUCCUGUCUGGACUCUUAACCCCAAUUUUCUCCAACCACCAAUCCAUCCUCCCCUCCACCGAGGCAGGAUCACUCACUCCUCGGCUGGCUCCGCCCUUUCUCGCGCCAGGAAAACCAACCAGAAAUCAAAAUGAAACAUAAAACUAGUACGAAUCAUCAUCACACCAUCACUGGUUUCACCCUCACCCAAGGAGGAGGAGGAGUGGCAGAUACUCCCCAGUCAACCAUGGCCGUCCGAUUCCUCGGCCCACUCAAACCGCCCGAUCCCAACCCCACCCCUUUCGAGCUCGACGAGAGCGACGUCGUUUGGUCCUCCUCCACCGAUCUCUCCGAUUCCACCGACCUCGUCUCCCCUUCUCCCCCCACCGCCUCCUCCUCCCCCGCCACUCCCCGCCUCCACAACCACCAGUUCCAUCCGCUCAAAUCGGGCCUCUCCGCCGCCUUGUCCGCCGACCUCCUCCCUCUCGUCCGCCGCAAGCCGGCUCUGAAUCCGUCCCUCUCCGCCGCCUCCGCGGCGAGGACGAUUCCUCCCGUGCCGGCCGCCACUUCACCGGCGGCCAGUAAGUUCCCCCAGUCGGCUCCGGUGAACGUGCCGAUUUGGCCGAAGAAGGUGGGAGUGACUAAUUUGGGGCGGUUCGACGAAGUCGUGGACGAGGAGGAGCUGGAGGAGGAGAUGGUGCCGCCGCACGAGAUCGUGGCGAGGUCGCACGUGAUGACCUUUUCGGUGUUCGAAGGGGUCGGCCGGACCCUCAAGGGGAGGGAUUUGCGGCGGGUGAGGAACGCUGUGUUUCAGAAGACAGGUUUUAUUGAUUGAUUCAAAACCUAAAUCUGCGUGAUCUUGUAAUUUUAGUGCUCAUUUGGUUGCCUUAUGGGCUAAAUUGGGAAUAUGAUUGUUGUUUAGGUACUUCAAUUGGCUUCUGUGAUGGUUAUGUAUGAGACUAUAUGAGACACUUUCAAUUACUUGACCUAGACAACUUGUAAAUUAUUGGAUUGCGAAUGUUGUUUAGGGGUUGAACCUUUUUUAGUUA